UGAGAACUGCUCGUUUAGCGAAUGAACUGCAGUGAGAAGGUGAUUUCUUGGAUUUGUGUUUGUAAUUUAUUUCUAACUUUAAGAAAUAUUUUUGCACAUUAAAUCCAGAGGUACCCCAUGCUCAUAUUUUUAGACGUUAUUCUUGCCUGACAAAGAAGUAGCGGACAGAUACUUAAACAUCUCCACAAGUGUUUUGAACAGGGAAACCUUGCUAACGUAAUGUCGCAAGCUAAUCUCAGUUAUCUGUCGUAAACUCAAGUUUAAUUCAAGAGUUACAAGUUCCUCCUCAGCAUGACCGAGUACAAGCUGGUGGUGGUCGGGGCCGGGGGGGUGGGCAAGAGCGCCCUCACCAUCCAGCUCAUCCAGAACCACUUUGUGGACGAAUACGACCCGACUAUCGAGGAUUCGUACAGAAAACAGGUAGUAAUUGAUGGAGAGACCUGCCUAUUGGACAUCCUGGACACGGCGGGUCAGGAGGAGUACAGCGCCAUGAGGGACCAGUAUAUGAGGACGGGAGAGGGGUUCCUCUGUGUGUUUGCCAUCAACAGCGCCAAGUCCUUUGAGGAUGUUCACCUUUACAGGGAGCAGAUCAACAGGGUGAAAGACAGUGACAACGUUCCCAUGGUGCUAGUUGGAAACAAGAGCGACCUGAAUAGCCGCACAGUGGACGCCAAACAAGCACAGGAGCUGGCACGAAGCUACGGCGUACCGUUCGUGGAGACUUCUGCCAAAACUAGACAAGGUGUGGAGGACGCGUUCUAUUCGCUAGUGCGGGAGAUCAGAAGAUACAAGGAGACCAACCGCAGCAACAAGAAAAGCAAGAAGAGCUCUCAGAGACGUUGCACUUUACAAUAGCAAUGGCACACUGGCAGCCUCCCUGAGAGCACUCGUUUCACUGCCCCUCGUCACCACAAAGCUCCACUGAGCUUUUCACAUUUCCACAAGUCUUAUUUACUCAUCCAUGUGCAGUGUCUGUGUUCUUGAAAAGAAUUUCAUCGUAAAUUGAGCAUCACUGAACUUUGCACUGAACUUUGCACAGUCACAAAAGAUGAACUGAAGUUUAAUACUCAGUUUAAUAAAAUGUCAUGUAAAAACUCUGAUCUGACUUCCAUGAGAGCAAAUGGCUUGAAUACUUUUUAUUUUUCCCGUGUAAACAUUUUGACAGAAUAGGCUACUGCUCAAAAGCACGUGAGACGUUUAGACAUGUCUUGAUACAUUGUUGUAGCAUCUGGAACUUAACACUCUCUCUAUAUAUGUAUGUUUUUUUACAUGCAUACACAUAUAUAUGUGUUUGCAGCCUUUCCAGACCCCCGGAUGCACUUUAAUCAUUUCCUGUAAUUUUUAAAUAAAACUUAACAUUAGUGCCACUUUAAAAACGUACUCAGGAAUGACUUUAACAGGCGCUGAGUCAUCACUGGGCUCCAUCAGCAGUCUGAUGCCUCUGUCAAUUUUUCAUCAACUUAAUGUUUGAGUUGGCGCAUCUGCGAUUGUCACCAGUCGCGCUGUAUCCCUCCCUCCAUCUCCCCUUUAACAUGGUUUUCACACCAUCUCAGUGUGAGUUUCAGCCAUAACUCCGUUUGGUGCACCGCACUAUCACACCAGCAUGAAGUUAAAGAUGUGUGGUACUAUGUGCAACAUUAAUAGCAACCAACAGUAAUGUCAGAUUGUAUGUUAUGCUGGAUGAUAACGAUAUUCAAUAGUGGAACUUUGUUAAUGCUAAAUCUCUGAUAAUUGUCACCCUAGAUAUAAUGGGUUGUUAAUUUUCUAUUUUUCUAGAACUAUGGAAAGCAUCUCCUGUGUAAGAACAAAUGUCUAAUAAAUAAGUCCUAAUUUCAAUGAUUGUAAUUCAAUUUCAUCCAACCAGCAGGCUCCACACACCUUCACACCUGCUGAAAUAUCUACAAUUAUAUAAAAGGUGUUUGGAGUGUUUCUAUUUAAAAAUGCUUUUAAGUUGUUUCACAAUUAUGUAAAAUCUGUUAUGCACUCUGUAUUGGACAAAUAAAUAUUUACAGCUUGA